AGCGCAGCGGCGGGAGCCUGGAGAACGAUGAGCCGAUGCGCGCGCGGUGCCCAGAGCCCAGCCCUGCCCGGCGCGGCUCCGGAAAGCCGCCCAGGGAACUUAGGGCAACGCCUUUGGGACCCCCUACUGGUUGGUAGGCAGGAUGGUGAGCUCCUUGCCUCUGGGUAGCGGACACCUGUGGGCCGCGUGGAUGCACAGGGGAUCCUUGUGGAGGCUGCCUAUGUUCCCCUCCUUCCCAGGCUGGCAUCCCCACCGCAGGCUUCCUGACCACAGGUGCUGGCCUCGUGCCCCAGGGCGCCUGUCUGCUGAUGUGCCCAGCUCCUGCCCACCAUGCCGCCCUACAUCUCGGCCUUCCAGGCUGCCUACAUUGGCAUCGAGGUGCUCAUUGCCUUGGUCUCUGUGCCCGGAAAUGUACUGGUGAUUUGGGCUGUGAAGGUGAACCAGGCACUUCGCGAUGCCACCUUCUGCUUCAUCGUGUCACUGGCGGUAGCUGAUGUGGCCGUUGGCGCCCUGGUCAUCCCACUGGCCAUCCUUAUCAACAUUGGGCCACAGACCUACUUCCACACCUGCCUCAUGGUGGCCUGCCCUGUCCUCAUCCUCACCCAGAGCUCCAUUCUGGCUCUGCUCGCCAUUGCUGUGGAUCGAUACCUCCGAGUCAAGAUCCCUCUCCGGUACAAGACAGUGGUGACCCAGCGGCGGGCGGCAGUGGCCAUAGCUGGCUGCUGGAUUCUCUCCCUUGUGGUAGGCCUGACACCCAUGUUUGGCUGGAACAACCUGAGUGUGGUAGAGCAAGACUGGAGAGCCAACGGCAGUGUUGGGGAGCCCGUGAUCAAGUGUGAGUUUGAGAAGGUUAUCAGCAUGGAGUACAUGGUCUACUUCAACUUCUUCGUCUGGGUGCUGCCGCCACUGCUCCUCAUGGUCCUCAUCUACCUGGAGGUCUUCUACCUGAUCCGUAAGCAGCUCAACAAAAAGGUGUCAGCCUCCUCCGGUGACCCCCAGAAGUACUACGGGAAGGAGCUGAAGAUCGCCAAGUCGCUGGCCCUCAUCCUCUUCCUCUUUGCCCUCAGCUGGCUGCCGCUGCAUAUCUUGAACUGUAUCACCCUCUUCUGCCCCACCUGCCAGAAACCCAGCAUUCUGAUCUACAUCGCCAUCUUCCUCACACACGGCAACUCCGCCAUGAACCCCAUCGUCUAUGCCUUCCGGAUCCACAAGUUCCGGGUCACCUUUCUGAAGAUUUGGAAUGACCACUUCCGAUGCCAGCCUAAGCCUCCCAUCGAUGAAGACCUCCCAGAGGAGAAAGCUGAGGACUAGACUCUGCCUUGCUCCGUCUAGCCCAUGCCCAGCGGCUCUCUGUUCAACUCCCACGUCCUCCCUGUCCCACCCUGUCCCACUGUCCCUCCUCAGUUUUCCCAGCUGGGGUGUAGGCUGUGGACACCAGGGAGGCUCUGAAGAGAUACCAUGGAAUAGGGCCCCCCUAUAAGGAGCUAGCUGCCCUGUACUUGGGGACCCGGAGGAGGCUUGGAGGUGGGGCGGGCUAUGAUAGGGAACUGGGUGCCCUGAGAUGUGAGGAGAGUCUUGUGUGCCCCAUCCCUGGCUGUUCUCUGAGCUGUUCAGAGAGCCAGGGUUAGAAUAUUCUGGCUCCUACAGUCAGGCAGGGAGGGGAGCCUGCUAUUAGGUGUUGGUGGCCCGAGGGACCAACUUCAAGGUGAGAAAGACAGUCCCUUAGAGGUAAAUGGAUAGAGAGAGGAUAUGUCCUGGCUUUGCUGUCUCUCCUCUUCUGUAGGAGAAGACAGUAAAUCACAGGGAAGGAGACCUCAGCCCCUCCUCCAAGGAUUGUGUGCUUGGCCAUGCAGGCGCUGUGGUACCUGCUUUCCUCACCUGGGCUUAUACUUGGGAGAGGCAGAAAGAAUGGGUCCAGGGAUCCUCUCACAUUUACUUUAUUCACAUCCUGGCCCUCAAAGUGGGCCACAAAGUCCUUGGGAAUAAAAAUAGUGCAGAAGGUGCUGGCUUCAGCUAGCCAGCAGGGAGCAGCACUGAGCCCUUCUUGCCCUGAACUUCCUGGGAGUCCCCAGUGUAAUUUACUGUCUGGGGCACCAAGCUUCACCAACUCUCAGAGCAGGCCUGGACUCUCCUUCCAAGGCCCAGGAGAAGGGAUCCCUGGGAAGGACAACCCUUGGGAGCAUGCUGCCUGAGGGGGUAGGAGGGGAAAGCGUCCAAGGAGAUCCCAGGCGACCGUGGGCACCCUUGGUGUGAAGUGUGACAGGUCAGACCAGACCAAAGGAGACUGCUGUCUUCAGUGUGAGGAAGUGCCUUGCUGGCAUUUAAAUAUCCAAAAAAAUGCUCCUGGAGGUGGAUUUAGCUCAGAAGCUGUGUUACAAAUAGAGUGUAGGCUUUUGGGAGGGUCUCAGAUAGGACCAAUCCCUACUCUGCUGAGCCUGGAUGUCUUCCUUGUAUGGACGGCAGGCAGAGGAGGGUGACAGGUUCUGAGUGUGAAUAUCGACUCCAAGUCUUGAUUCUGGGCUCUUCCCUCAGUUGGAAGCAAGGUGUCCCUGGUUCUCAAGGAGGUCCCUAUGUCUAAUAAAAGAUUGUGAACCCCUGUGGAGAGUGGGGUGCUGGCACCCCAGCACUGUCAGAAAGCAACCAGACCACCUCAGUGGAGAAGAUGUAAUGGUGGGGUUGGGGGAGAAGCUGGGAGAUGGGCGUGGUGGCAGAUGGAAAAAGGAAGGUUCCAGAGAUGGUGUGUCUGUUGCUAUGGUUACACAUUUAGGGUGGCACAUUGUGAAUUAGCAAGAUCCAGAACACUCAUAUGUCUAAAAAAAGUGUCCCAUGUCAUCCUGAGACCAUCCCUGUUGGCACUCUCCUAAUCUUGAUAGUGUUGCCCCUUCAUAGUAACAUAGUAUCUUCCCGUCCGCCAUGACACUCACUGCCCUGGAAACCCCAUGCUAUAACACCACACACCUUUAUUUGAAUGCUUCUCACACAGUGUACAAUUCUGCAGAGGGGUGCCAGUCUCUGCACCCUUGGGGCCCUCUCAUACCCAGGAGGUAUGACCUGGGGCCCGCCAGGCCCACUCCUGGGUCUGGACCCAACCUCUGGUGGAGAGAGCCAGCAGGUUCUGGAGGUUCACCCCCAUUAGCUGUUCUUGUGGUAUCUUGGUCUUGGGGAUGCCUGGGCGCCUGAUCCUCAGGUCUGCAGGACCUGGCAGAGAAUGUCCGUCUGCGUCCUGGUAUGUGACCAAGCUGCUAGAAGAGAUAGAUGGUGGGGAGUCGGGUAGGGGACCACCUCCACCCUUCUCGGUCUUUCCUCAGGUUCAAUUCCCAAUGCUGAGCUCUGCCCAGUGCAGCUCUGGAGGCUUCCUAGUUCACCCAGAGCCUCAGAACCACCAAAUGAGGAAGGCAGGGCAAGGGCUGGGUCCUUACUUUUCUAACGAGGAAAAAGAAUGCCUAUGUUUACAGCCAUUUGGAGCCAAGACUAGAUGCUGUCCUGUGACCACCCAAUGUAUCUUUCCUUCUGGACCUCACCAGCAUGGCCCAGCGCUGCACUGUCUGUACCAAACUGAACACGCAUGCUAGUUGUCUUUUGCUACAAAAAUGUACCCAGACCUGCCCUACUGCCUUCCUGCCCUACCCUACCCGUCUCCAGUGACGUUUUGUGCCUGGAAGGUGGAUUCUCCUCUCCCAAUCUUCUCUUAGACACCACACUUUUACUGGAGGUAACUGAAGGAGUGGGUCCAGCCACUCACCUGUCUCCUUGUCCCAGUCUCUGCCUGUGUUGGUCUUCAGUGUGUGGCAGAGGCUGAAAGAGACCCUAUAGGUUAGAGCUUUGGGGGAAGACAGGAGGGAAUAGAGAGGUUUGAGGUCAAGGAUCCCCGGCACCCCAGUCCCCAAAUAGAACAUCUUCCCACUUAGAAAGUCACACAAACGGUUCCAUUUUCACUCUGAGCUCCAUAGAUGUCCAGCUCCAAAGAGGGACUCAAUCUGUCCACCACAGAAGGGUGCUAAGGGCGACCUUCUGACUCCCACCUUUAACCUCCAACCGACAAUCCACGGAGGCCUCUCCUAGCACGUUGAUGGCCUUGCAAGUGUAGACCCCAGAAUCAAAAGGGCUGGGCUUCCGGAUCUCCAGGGUGCAGACCCCUUGCUCGGAGACAGCACGAUACUUGGGGUCCCCCUGGAUACUCAUCUUGUUUUUCAUCCAGAUGAUCUUGGGCUGGAAGCAAGGUCAGAUGAGGGUACUGAAGUAAGAACAUGGGUUGGGACGGCUCUCAAGAGAGUUUCAACCCUGCUGCCUCUACCCGGCCCACCAGCCCAGGGCCUCUGACCUUAGGUGACGCUCGGACGCUGCAGAAAAGCUGCGUGCUAUAGCCAGGAGUGGAGGUACGGUCAGCCAGCGGCUGGGUGAAGGAGGGCGCUUCUGAGAAGUCUCGCUCAGUAAACUCUCUAGGUUUGGCAGUGAUAGCUAGGUUCAGGGGAGAAUUGAGGUUAUAGGGGUGCAGAGGGCUUCAGAAGACUGGCCUCAACCCUAAACGUUGGGAUGCUCAACCUGGUCAACGUGUGAAGACACCAGAGAAAGCCUAGCUGAGCAGGGCUGAGGCUGAUCGGAGGUGAACGGAGAGGAGUGGGUGGGAAAACUCGAGUCUUGCGGCAGGAGGUGAACAUCACAUUUCCAUUUCUGCUUGCCUCUGCCACCCGAGUGGCUUUCCUUUUUAAAUACAAAAUGCUCAGGGCUGUGAUGCUCUGGCUGAUGUAAAAGCGGCUCCUAGGGUGAGUGAGAUGGCUCAGCAGGUGAGGGCGUUUGCCACCAAGUUUACCGCCCUGAGUUCAGUUCCUGGGACCCAUAUGGUAGAAGGAGGGAACGGACAUGUCCUUAGACGUACACAUGCACGUCCGCAUGUGAACACACACUCACACACCAAUAAAUGUCAUUAAAAAGAAUAAUAAUAAUAAA